AUGGAGCAGAAGAGCGUGUUGUUCUCAGCGUUAGGGGUCGGUGUUGGGUUAGGACUCGGGCUAGCGUCAGGUCAAGGUUUAGGUAAAUGGGCAAACGGCUCCGUUUCUGCAGAGGAUGGUCUUACCGGAGAAAAGAUUGAGCAAGAGUUGACAAGGCAGAUUGUUGAUGGAAGAGAGAGUGGUGUCACUUUCGACGAGUUUCCUUAUUUCUUAAGCGAGAAAACUAGGCUUCUAUUGACAAAUGCAGCUUAUGUUCACCUAAAGCAGUUCGAUAUCUCCAAGCACACUCGUAAUCUUGCACCUGCAAGUAAGGCUAUUCUACUGUCUGGACCUGCGGAGUUUUAUCAGCAAAUGCUAGCAAAAGCAUUGGCUCAUUACUUUGAAUCCAAACUAUUGCUACUAGAUGUAACAGACUUCUCUAUUAAGAUACAGAGCAAGUACGGAUGCGUCAAGAAGGAACCUUCUCACAAGAGGUCUAUCUCUGAGCUGACGUUGGACAAAAUGUCGAACCUAGUGGGAUCUUUCUCUAUGCUCACCCAAGGGGAAGCAACAAGAGGGACCUUGCGUAGGCUUACUAGUGGCAAUGAUCUUACCUCAAGGGGCUCUGAAGGUUCAAGUCACCCUCCUCCGCAACUCAAGCGAAAUGCUUCUGCUGCUUCUGAUAUCAGUAGCGUAUCUUCCCGUUCUGCAACUUCUGUUUCAGUGUUGUUAUCUUUACAGGUUUUGGUUUCAGUUUCGGAAGCUAGUCCUAUUAUUAUCUACCUGAGAGACGUUGAGAAGCUUCUUCAGUCAGAAAGGUUCUACAAACUGUUCCAGAGGCUCUUGUCUAAGCUCUCUGGUCCUGUUUUACUUCUCGGCUCAAGACUGUUGGAACCCGAAGACGACUGCCAAGAAGUAGGGGAAGGCGUUUCCGCUUUGUUUCCUUACAACAUCGAGAUCAGACCCCCAGAGGAUGAGUCUCAGCUCAUGAGCUGGAAAACAAGAUUCGAAGACGACAUGAAACUGAUCCAGUUUCAGGACAACAAGAACCACAUAGCUGAGGUUCUCGCGGCUAAUGAUCUAGAAUGCGAUGACUUAGGCUCCAUAUGCCAUGCGGAUACCAUGUUCCUAAGCAGUCACAUUGAGGAGAUUGUGGUUACUGCAAUCUCUUACCAUCUGAUGAACAAUAGAGAACCUGAAUACAAAAACGGAAGGCUUGUUAUAUCUUCCAACAGCUUGUCCCAUGGACUGAGUAUAUUCCAGGAAGGUCAUAGCUCCUUGAAGAUGGAGAGAAACUCUGACUCCAAGGGAGAAGAAAGUGAAGGGGUGAUAAACAGUGAGGUCAAGUCUGAGUCCAUUCCUUCAGAAAAGAAUGAAUGUCCUCUGCCACCAAAAGCACCUGUAAAUGAGGUGCCUCCUGAUAAUGAAUUUGAGAAGCGCAUAAGACCAGAGGUUAUCCCAGCAGAUGAGAUUGGUGUGACGUUUGCUGACAUAGGUUCAUUGGAUGAAACCAAAGAAUCACUUCAAGAGCUUGUCAUGCUUCCCCUCCGCAGGCCUGACCUGUUCAAAGGUGGACUUCUCAAGCCCUGCAGAGGGAUCCUCCUCUUUGGACCACCUGGUACCGGGAAAACCAUGAUGGCAAAAGCCAUUGCUAACGAAGCUGGAGCUAGUUUCAUAAACGUGUCCAUGUCCACAAUCACUUCGAAAUGGUUUGGAGAAGACGAGAAGAAUGUGAGAGCUUUGUUCACCUUAGCAGCCAAAGUGUCUCCGACUAUUAUCUUUGUGGAUGAAGUGGACAGCAUGCUGGGGCAGAGGACUAGAGCUGGAGAGCAUGAAGCUAUGAGGAAGAUUAAAAACGAGUUCAUGACGCAUUGGGAUGGGCUUAUGUCGAGUCCAGGUGAUAGGAUUCUCGUUCUUGCAGCAACAAACAGGCCGUUUGAUCUAGACGAAGCCAUCAUUAGGAGGUUUGAGAGAAGAAUCAUGGUUGGUCUCCCAUCAGUAGAGAGCAGAGAGAAGAUCUUGAGAACUUUACUGUCAAAAGAGAAAACGGAGAAUCUUGAUUUCCAUGAGCUUGCACAGAUGACAGAUGGCUAUAGUGGAAGUGACCUCAAGAACUUUUGCACAACAGCUGCAUAUAGACCGGUGAGGGAGCUGAUAAAGCAUGAGUGCUUGAAAGACCAGGAGAGGAAGAAGAGAGAGGAAGCAGAGAAGAGUAGUGAAGAGGGAACUGAAGCAAAAGAAGAAGCAUCUGAGGAGAGAGUGAUAACGCUGAGAGCUUUGAGCAUGGAAGACAUGAGAGUAGCUAAAAGCCAGGUAAGUUUAAGGAACUUAGUUGUGUUUGAUGAUCUUGUGCAAAAACAAAAGCUAAUUGGUUUGCAUUUUUUGCAGGUUGCUGCUAGUUUUGCAGCAGAAGGAGCAGGAAUGAAUGAACUGAAGCAGUGGAACGAUUUGUAUGGAGAAGGAGGGUCCAGGAAAAAGGAACAGCUCUCUUACUUCCUUUAGUACCAUCUUUAAUAUUUCAUUAGUAAUAUUAUCAUACUAUUAAACAUUAAUUCUGG